UUUUCAUCAUUUUUCUCUUUCCCCAUGCAGUUCAUGCUGGUGAUUGGUGCAUGGUAGAAAACCAGACUCCAUGAGUGAAACCCUCGCAAACAGUGCUGGCGCUUCACCUGACUCCAAACAGCGCACUUCAGAAAACGAUGUCAGAUCAAAUGCAGACAUACCAAAGAAAUCCGAUGCAAUCUCCAUGUUGAGCGGGAGCGAAAAGAGCAUUCAUUCUGGAGGGGGCACUGGAGGGGGGCAAUCCAAUCACCAUCUACAGCUCCAGCAUCUCCUGAUGCCCCCUGGAGCACCGCAGACGCUCUCGGCUCAACAGAUGCAGAGUCUGUUACAAGGCCAGGUCCUCAGCCAGCAACAAUUGCAACAAUUGGUUCUACAGCAACAGUCUUUCUUGCAGCAACAGCAGCUACAGGAGCAGGCUACUUUGCUUCAGCAGAUGCAAGCAGCCGCUGUUGCCGCAGCCAGCGGGGAUGCUGGUAAAGCUCCAACCAAACUCUCGCCACACCAGCAGCAGCUACACAGCUUGGCCUUGCAACAAGCUCACAUGAUCCAGCUACAAGCGCAGCAACAAGCCGUUGCCUCUGGACAAAUGAUGCUCCCACCAAGGUUACAACAAGCCAUGUCAGUAUCGGAGCUCCAGUCUCUGUGGAAGGAAGUUUCCUCGUCUGGUGGCCCAGAGGAAGGCAAAGGCACCCCCGCCAGCUCUGUCGCAGCCAUGUUGCCUGGUCUUGGCGGUCAUCAUCGGCACAUGAUGAACGGUCUAUUAGACGGGUCCCACAUACAUCCAGGCUUUCUUCUUGCUCACCAAGGCCUCAUGCUCCCUCAUGAGGAUCGAUUGGCCAAUCCCAACAACCACCCCCUCUAUGCUCACGGCAUGUGCAAGUGGCCAGGCUGUGAGACAGUAUGUGAGGACUUCCCGGCAUUCCUCAAACAUCUAAGCACAGAGCAUGCUCUAGAUGACCGUAGCACAGCCCAAGCCAGGGUUCAGAUGCAGGUUGUUAAUCAGCUGGAGAUACAGCUUACCAAAGAGAGGGAACGGUUAGCCGCCAUGAUGGCUCAUUUACAUAUGAAACCUCCCAUAGACUCCAAACAAGAAACGCCAAAGUCCCUUCAAUCGACGCAAACACUGUCGAAGCCCCGUAUCAGUGGUCCAGCACACGACCCCGUCUCUCCCCAUGGUACCGCCCAGCACCCCACCCGUUCCCAUCACCUCCAUAGCCUCCGCCCCUUACCACGUCUCGCUGCUAGCGGCACCCCCAAGAUCCCGCCCCUCAUCCCUGUGUCCACGCAAGCCGCGGUUCAGUCUCUCAUGAGCCAGGCACUACGGAGUCCCAUUCACAUCAAGCAACAGCAACAACAACAGCCACAGCAUCCCGGUAACAACCAAUCACAUAAGCUUACUUCGCAUCAUGUGACACCGGGAGGGCCAAUCAGGAGGCGGAACAGUGAGAAAUAUGGCUUGUCACUUAGUACAGCAGAAAUUCACCACAACUCAGACUUCUACAAGAACACGGAUGUGAGGCCGCCGUUUACCUAUGCUGCCCUCAUCAGGCAAGCAAUCAUCGAUGCACCUGAUAGACAACUGACACUCAAUGAAAUCUACAACUGGUUCACAAGAACAUUUGCAUACUUCAGAAGAAAUGCUGCAACAUGGAAGAACGCUGUACGGCAUAACUUAAGUCUUCACAAGUGUUUUGUACGUGUUGAGAAUGUGAAGGGUGCCGUGUGGACGGUUGACGAGAUUGAAUUCAUGAAAAGAAGACCGCAGAGAAUGGGAAGACCGUCGUUAUCUUCUUACAGUCUGAACACGCCUCCGAGUACACCCAACACACCUACCACACCCAUCAGCAAGUCAGCCGAUAUGCUGCCUACAGAGGACAUGCCGCUCAAUCUAGAGACACAUAUGCAUCCUAUGGGCGGUAGCUUGCCAUUGUUGAGUGAUGCAGCAGCCGCAGCAGCAGAUCAUGCAAUCGAGGUGUUGGACAAUGAAGAAGAUCUUGAAGGAGAUGAUUAUCCUGGGGCCACAAGAGGGCGCUAUCCAGAGGACGACCAUGAUGCCUAUCCAGAAGAAGAAAGGGAGCGAUACCUGUUGGAGGCGGAAGACCGGGGGGAGUAUCCCGGUGGGGAACGUAGCGGCGACCCCUUCCCCGAUGAUGAUAGAGACUCAUAUCCUCAGGGUGGGGGUGCUCCCCACGCUGACACCCGUAGGGAUGUAUACCCCCCACCCAGAGAACGCUCUCCUGGGGAGGUGGUGAGCGAGGGUGAACUGCAGUAUCGGCUAGAGCAAAGGGAGCGAUUUGCAAGCGAGGAGAGCGAACGCUUCAUGGUGGAAGAAAGGUUUAGGAGGGCCGAAGAAGAACGGUUUGCCAGAGGGGAAGAAGAUGAAGAUGCCGAAGCCCUUGAGAGGGAAGAGAGGGAAUCCUAUUCCCAGGGGUUGAGGGAAGAGCAGGAUAUUGGUGAUGUGGAGGAGAGGGUUAGGAAUGCAGCGAUUGGUGAUGAGCUGGUAGAGGAGGACGAUGAUAUGGAAGAUGAGAGGGAUCAUGAUGAAGAAACUAAUCAUGCCAUUGCAGAUAUUAUUGAAAGCCAGAGCGCGGCCCACCGUCGGAAAGUCAAUCAGCUGACGAUGGAGCAGUUGAAGCGCAUGAUGCAUCACAACCCCAUGAUGAUGAUACCUGUGUCCACCAACGGGCCAAUCAGAUCAUCUCUCCGAACAUCACCAAGAAGCUUCCUUAGAGGGGCCAAGCCAGGGGGUCAUGUAAUCGUCCAUUCAUCCAUGUCAUCGCUUCUGUCAUUUCCGCUGACCUUCCAUGAUCACAUGAACCUUACCUUGGUGUAGUGAUAAAUGAUUUCAAGUUUAAUACUGAAUGCUGACCAAGUUGUUUGGGGGAAAGGAAAUACCAAGGGAGUCGUUCAUGAGAGGACUUGUCAUAUGUUUUAUUCGACAGUCUUUUUUAUCCAAUAGUUAGCAUAGUAACACUUGGGCACCUGUGCUUACCAUCCAAUCAAAAUCAGGAAAUUUUGCCAUAUCUGACAUGUUGUCAGACACAAUUUUUUGAUGAAAUGCUUUCCAGGCAUUACCACCCAUCUUGUGGUAAGGCUGGUGCCAGGGCUGAAAUCGUAGCAAGUGUGCGCCUAACAGGCUGUUAAAAAAAGUUAUGAAUCCAGUGACUGGGUGCUUAGAGCAGUCGUAGAUUGACAUCGCGCUAUGUAUAAAAGCCAGUUAUUAUUAUAAAGUCACUUUCAAUUGAACUCUCAACAUUGUGUUUGGUGUUCUUUUUCUAAAUCCAAACAGUUUGUAUGAGCUCUGUUCAGUAGCCCAAUUGAUACCAUCACCAGCGCACACAAAAAUAAUGUUCUUGAAAUCGCCCAUUGUACACCUUUCAAAAGGGAUUCCUGUGAAUUUAAGGAAGAAUUUGCUGACUUUCAUGGCUGGGAGGUACUAGAAGCAAAGAUAAGGCAUAACUUUUCUGAUAUGUCGACAAAAAUAUUGUAAUUUCCUUAUCAUGAAUGAAUGUUACAUUUCCAUUCAUUACUUCUAGAAGCCUUCAUCUUGAACAUGGCUUGAUUAGCCUUGUAACAAAGAUUGCAUGGUGCAAGGGAAAAUUGAAUUAAAUAUAGAGAUGUAGACAUACCACAGCUAGCAAAAAAUGUUAUUUCUCUUCUAGUUAUAGUUUUCUAUAUUGAAUGCAGGUACAGUGAAAUAUGCAGAUUUAUGUACAGUAAUAUAAUAAAAUGUCAUCCCUGACCUGUUAACCCCCUUUUUUUUCUGGUAGCAAACCAUGUAAAUAUGCCUCACAGUUCACAAUAUUUUAUACACACAGCCAAGUGCAUACUAUAUGGAUUUUUUGUACAUGUCAAUCAUUUACACACCAAUGAAAUGAAAAUGCAAUGAUUGAUGACAGCAUAUGUGAACAGAUUCUUAUGAUCCCUUGAUAAUGCAGUGUGGUAGUGUGAAUAAACUUGCCAAAGGACAUUGAAUGUAUAUUGAAUGUAUGUAAAUAUUCAAAGUAUGUUGAAUGUACGUGGAAUGUUUGUGAACUUUUCAAAGUGCAUAAAAUGUACAUUUCAAACCAAUGCAAUGUAUAUUGAACAUUAAAUUUUAAUGUUCAGUAUACAUUAAAAUGGUUGUUCAAAGAAUAUGUAUUGAACGGUCAAAGUACAUUGAAUAUGCAUUGAGUGGUCAAAGUACAUUGAAUAUGCAUUGAAUGGUCAAAGUGUAUUGAAUGUUUACUAUUAUUUUGACAAUCCAUCCAAUGUGGAGUGACUAUUAAGACAGAAAUUUGAUUUAGAUAAUGAAAAUAGUUUUCUAGUAUUGAAGGCUCUUUAUUUUAUUCCAAAAACUUAUUCGAACCUUUUCUACCACCCCGCCCCUUACUUACAUAGUAAUUGACUUAUGCUGUCACUCCACAAGUAAAUAUAAGUACUAUAGAGAAGUCCAUUAUAUGAUUGAUAAUGGUUGGUAAUAAUUUGGUCCAUUUGAAAGAGGAAGAAAGUUCAACUUUGAGUACUGGCUUUAAUGGCAGAUGCCAUAUAUUGUAAUUAAUGUGUAAUA